AUGGCCCUCGUGCUCCCCGCAGAGCUCGCGCGUCCGCUCGAUGUCCUGCUCAUCGACAACUUCGACUCCUUUACCUGGAACAUCUAUCAGUCGCUCUGCAUUCUCGGCGCGGACGUGACCGUCAUCCGCAACGACGCCAUCACCCCCGCCGCCUUCCCGCUCCUCAAACUCAACUCGCUCAUGAUCUCCCCCGGUCCCGGCCACCCCGUCACCGACUCGGGCAUUUCGCGCGAGGCCAUCAAGUACUUCACCGGGCGGGUGCCCGUUAUGGGCGUCUGUAUGGGCCUCGAGUGCCUCGUCGAUGUCUUUGGGGGAGAGAUCGGGUUCGCGGGCGAGAUCAUGCACGGCAAGGUGUCUGCCAUCCGGCAUGACGGCCGCGGUUGCUUCAAGGACAUCCCCCAGGGCAUCAAGUCCACCCGCUACCACUCUCUCAGCGCGAGCUCCAGCACUCUCCCCAAGGAGCUUGCCAUCACUGCCAUCACCCAGGAGAGCGGCGUCAUCAUGGGUGUCCGUCACCGCAAGUACACCCUCGAGGCCGUCCAGUACCACCCUGAGAGCAUUCUGUCUGAAAGCGGAGACACCCUCUUCAAGAACUUCCUCGCUCUCCGCGGCGGUACGUGGGACCUCAACCCCACUUCCAACGUCUCUGCCGAGACACUUCCCGCCUUCGGCCUAGAAGGCAUCGCUGACCAGGUGACGAACGGCGUGGCUACUCCGGGCAGCUCCAAGUCCAAAGUGCCGACCAUCCUCGACAAGAUCUACGCGCAAAGGAUCAAGGACGUUGAGAUCGCGAAGCAGACGCCUGGGUCUACUCCGGAUGACCUUGAAACGCUCCUCAACCUCAAUGUUGCGCCUCCAGUCAUCAACUUCCUCGCACGCCUCAAGGCUUCUUCUUCCAAGUCCCUCGCCCUCAUGGCCGAGGUCAAACGUGCCAGCCCCUCCAAGGGUCCCAUCGCGAUGAAGGCCAACGCCGCUGAGCAGGCCCUGACGUACGCCAUCGCAGGCGCGUCCGUUAUCUCGGUUCUGACAGAGCCAACAUGGUUUAAGGGCACCCUCCUCGACAUGCGUCUUGCCCGCCAAGCGAUCGACGCGCUUCCCCACCGGCCAGCCAUCCUCCGCAAGGAUUUUAUCUUCGACGAAUACCAGAUCGCUGAAGCUCGUCUGCACGGCGCGGACAGCGUACUGCUCAUCGUCGCGAUGUUGCCCGUGCCGCGCCUGCAUGCUCUCUACGAGUACGCGCGUUCCUUGGGCAUGGAACCCCUCGUGGAGGUCAACAACGCUCGUGAGAUGGAGGCCGCGCUCGCGCUCGGGGCGAAGGUCAUCGGCGUCAACAACCGGAACCUGCACGACUUCCAGGUCGACAUGGGCACCACGAGCCGCCUGGUGGACAUGGUCAAGGAACGGGACGUCAUUCUGUGCGCCCUCAGUGGGAUCAAGGACGUCGACGACGUGCGCACCUACGCCAAGGAGGGUAUCAACGCGGUUCUCAUCGGCGAGGCUCUCAUGCGCGCGAAGGACACCAAGGCAUUCAUCAGGCAACUCCUGGACUGGCCCGAGCCCGAGGACGCCAAGGGGAAGGCCGUCGAGACUCGGCCGUUGGUCAAGAUCUGCGGGAUCCGUUCCGUGGACGAGGCCAUUCAAGCCAUGGAGGCUGGCGCGGACUUGAUCGGGCUCAUGUUCGUCCCGAAGAGCAAGCGGUUCGUGACCCCAGAGACGGCGCGCGAGAUCUCGGCCGCCAUCCACUCUCGUCUCCUCACCGAGUCGGCACAGCGCCCGAUCGCCACCGCGCCCGGAGGUGACGAUAUGAAGAACGAGCCCUGGUUCCAGACGCACGCCCGCCGGUUGGCACGGAACCUCUCCUCGGAGGGGGCCCGCCGGCCGCGUGUCGUCGGCGUCUUCCAGGACCAACCGCUGGAGACGGUGCUUGCCGCGGUGGAGGGCGCGCAGCUGGACAUGGUGCAGCUGCACGGGCGCGAACCGGUCGGGUGGGCGCGACACAUCCCCGUCCCGACCAUCCGCGUCUUCCAUGUGGACGAGGAGGGCCACGGUCUGACGGACAUCACGCGCCCGGGCGCGCACGCGUUCGUGCUCCUCGACGCCGUUGCCGCGGGCGGUGGCGGGCUUAGCGGGGGCUCGGGGACUCGCGUCGACCUCGAGAUCGUGCGCGCGGUGGUCGAGAAGGGCGAGGUGGGCGGGGGCGCGUUGCCCAUCAUCCUCGCCGGGGGGCUGACGCCCGAUAGCGUCAAGGAGGCGGUCGAGGCGGUGCGGCCGUGGGCAGUCGAUGUCAGCGGGGGCGUCGAGCUUGAGGACGGCUCGGGCAAGGACCCGGAGCGCGUGAAGGCGUUCAUCGAUGCGGUUAAGGGGGCUUGA